UUGAUUUUAAGUCCAAUCCAGCCACGCUAUAAAUAUACCACCUAAAUAUUUGCUCCAAUCCAAACCAAACACGCCGGCCAUUCUCAGCGACCACCGCGACCCGCUACUCUCUCUCUUCUGCCAUCUCAUCAAUCCUCUCUCUGACGUUCAUUGAUAUUGGCGGCGAUGGGAGCGGCCACAAUACUUCCAGAUCUCGGCACCAAUAUCCUGAUCCCGGCCUGCGCCGUUGUCGGCAUCGUCUUUGCCAUCGUUCAAUGGGUCAUCGUCUCCAAGGUCAAGCUCACCCCGGAGAAGCCCGGCCACGGACCCGCCGACGGGAAGAACGGAUUCGCAGACUCUCUCAUUGAGGAGGAAGAGGGCAUCAAUGACCACGGCGUUGUUCAGAAGUGCGCUGAAAUUCAGCUCGCCAUCUCCGAAGGUGCAACCUCUUUCCUCUUCACUGAAUACCAGUAUGUUGGUGUUUUUAUGGUUGCUUUUGCAAUUUUGAUCUUCCUUUUCCUCGGCUCUGUUGAGGGUUUCAGCACAAAAGACCAAACAUGUACCUAUUCCACCUCCACAAAGUGCAAGCCUGCACUCGCCACUGCCAUCUUCAGCACCAUCUCCUUCUUGCUUGGAGCCGUUACUUCUGUCGUUUCUGGCUUUCUCGGGAUGAAAAUAGCAACUUAUGCAAAUGCCAGAACCACCCUUGAGGCUAGGAAGGGCGUUGGGAAGGCAUUCAUUACUGCUUUUAGGUCUGGUGCGGUUAUGGGCUUUCUUCUUGCUGCUAAUGGGCUUUUGGUCUUGUACAUUACCAUCAAUCUCUUCAAGUUGUACUAUGGUGAUGACUGGGAAGGCUUGUUCGAGUCCAUCACUGGUUAUGGUCUUGGGGGAUCUUCUAUGGCCCUUUUUGGCAGAGUGGCUGGGGGUAUCUAUACAAAAGCUGCAGAUGUCGGAGCUGAUCUUGUUGGCAAGGUUGAGAGAAACAUCCCAGAGGAUGAUCCCAGAAAUCCUGCGGUGAUUGCUGACAACGUUGGCGACAAUGUUGGAGAUAUUGCUGGCAUGGGAUCAGACUUGUUUGGCUCAUAUGCAGAGUCAUCUUGUGCUGCCCUUGUUGUUGCUUCAAUAUCUUCAUUUGGGACUAACCACGAGUUUACACCUAUGCUAUAUCCUCUUCUUGUCAGUUCCGUGGGCAUUCUAGUUUGUUUGCUCACCACCCUUUUUGCUACUGAUUUCUUUGAAGUCAAGGCUGUAAAGGAAAUUGAGCCAGCACUGAAGAAGCAACUCAUUAUCUCUACUGUCCUGAUGACCUUUGGCAUUGCUCUCGUUACCUGGAUUGCACUUCCAUAUUCCUUCACCAUUUUCAACUUUGGAGUCCAGAAAGAAGUACAUAGCUGGCAAUUAUUCUUAUGUGUUGGUGUUGGUUUGUGGGCUGGCCUUAUCAUUGGAUUCGUGACAGAGUACUACACUAGUAAUGCUUACAGCCCUGUGCAAGAUGUUGCUGAUUCCUGCCGCACUGGAGCUGCCACAAAUAUUAUAUUUGGCCUUGCUUUGGGUUACAAAUCUGUUAUCAUUCCGAUAUUUGCAAUAGCAGUCAGCAUCUUUGUCAGCUUCAGCUUUGCUGCCAUGUAUGGAAUUGCUGUCGCCGCCCUUGGAAUGCUUAGCACCAUUGCAACUGGUUUGGCUAUUGAUGCAUAUGGUCCCAUCAGUGACAAUGCUGGAGGCAUUGCAGAGAUGGCUGGUAUGAGCCAUAGAAUACGUGAGAGAACUGAUGCCCUGGAUGCAGCUGGAAACACUACCGCUGCUAUUGGGAAGGGAUUUGCAAUUGGGUCUGCCGCACUCGUGUCUCUUGCCUUGUUUGGUGCAUUUGUGAGCCGCGCUGCAAUUUCAACCGUAGAUGUUCUAACACCUAAAGUCUUCAUUGGUUUGCUUGUGGGUGCAAUGCUUCCUUACUGGUUCUCUGCCAUGACGAUGAAAAGUGUGGGUAAGGCUGCCCUUAAGAUGGUUGAGGAAGUGCGCAGGCAAUUCAAUACCAUCCCAGGUCUCAUGGAAGGCACUGCUAAGCCUGAUUAUGCCACAUGUGUCAAGAUCUCUACAGAUGCCUCUAUCAAGGAGAUGAUUCCACCUGGUGCUCUUGUCAUGCUUACUCCACUGAUAGUUGGGAUCUUCUUUGGUGUAGAAACCUUGUCUGGAGUCCUUGCUGGAUCCCUUGUCUCUGGUGUACAGAUUGCUAUCUCUGCAUCAAACACUGGUGGUGCCUGGGACAAUGCUAAGAAGUAUAUCGAGGCCGGUGCUUCAGAACAUGCGAGAACCCUUGGCCCCAAGGGGUCUGAUCCGCACAAAGCUGCUGUGAUUGGUGACACCGUUGGUGACCCUCUCAAAGACACAUCGGGGCCAUCAUUGAACAUUCUUAUCAAGCUUAUGGCUGUGGAGUCUCUUGUUUUCGCACCCUUCUUUGCUGCACAUGGUGGUCUUCUCUUCAAGAUCUUCUGAGAACCUUGGGUUGUAUUCCUGCCAAAGUGUAUUCUGUUCUUUUUGCCUACAACUUCUACCUUUAAUGUGAUUUCUUUUUUGCGCAUGGUUAGAUUCUUGGAGAGAAAUGUUCACCUAUGAUGGCGAAAAUUCAUAAAUCUAUCUAGAGAGUACAUUUGUUUUGCUCUUCUCUUCAGUGUUGGCCCGUCGGCCCGUCUCAAUUUACCUGUGGUUUUGGUUAAGAUUUUUUGUCAGAUUCAGAUAUGCUCAAAACAUUACAGAAUCCCAUUUCUUAAAAUGCUAAAGCCUAGUUGGUUUCAUG